AUGAGCUGUCUCGACGUCUCGGCCUGCUUCGCCUCCGUCAGCUCGUACUUCUCCACGAUGAAGAUCCGCCACGUCGGCCUCGCCGUCGUGCACUGCCCGAAGACGCGCCGCGUCCUGCUCAUCACGUCGCGCAAGCACCCGAACCUCUGGAUCAUGCCCAAGGGAGGCGUGGAGAAGGGCGAGACGUCGGGCGAGGCGGCCGCGCGCGAGGCGCACGAGGAAGGUGAGCUCACCUCAUUUCGACAAGCUGACAACACAGCUGGCAUUCCGGCCCAGAUUCCAGAGGACGACAUCUCCCCCGAGCUCUGCACCAUUGAGAGCGCCAAGCCCGGCGUCGAGGUCUGGCACGUCCACGCCAUCGCGAUCGACUCGGAGAAGGACCUGGACAAGGACUGGAAGGAGCGGCACGAGCGCAAGCGCCAGUGGUGCUCGCACAAGGAGGCGCUCAAGCUCAUCCGGCAGUGGGAGGGCAAGUCGUACGCGUGUGACGAGGGCAUCGACGACGAGACAGACGAGGACGCGUGGAAGCGCGGCGGGUCCAAGAAGAAGCGCGCAAAGGGCCAGGCAUUCGAGCAGGCCCUCUUCGCCUUUGUCGAGAAGUUUGGGUACGACGAGAAGCUCUAA